AGAGGAACAGCCAUGGCUGUGGCUGACAGCGGGGUAAAACCCCUGCUAAACACCAUGAAAAUGGCCAAAGUGGCGAUUCAGCUGGACGCAGGAAACAAACAUAAGGGUGGUGGGUGUUUGACGUUGUCCCUCCCACUUUGGUGACAUCAUGGCCCUGACAGCUUUGAUAUGAAUACCCUGGGGGGCUUUUAGCGUCUGUAGAGACAGAGGAGCGUCGUCACGGUAACAGGAUGAGGACGCUGAUGUUGACGAUGUUGAUGCUGAUCAGUAUCGACGCCUGCAGCGCCAUGCCACGUGCAGUGAAUGAUAUUGCACCUGUAUCGUGCUGCGUUCAGUUCUUCACGGGAAACAUCCCACCGGCCAGAAUCGUCUCCAUCAAGAAGACUGACAGCACUUGUACCAACAAGGCCUUUGUGGUGACGACUGUUAAAGGAGCUAAAAUCUGUGUCCGUGACGCAUGGGUUCACAGUGUCUUCAAGCAACCUGACGAAGUGCAGAGCCAGGAGCCAGUAGUGAUGAGGGGAUUGGUCCUGUCAGGAUGGAAGGAAAAGGGUGUCUCCGACCAUCAGCGUCCGUCCAGCACCAGGCCUAAAGAACAACGGCACCAUUUCAUCCCCGGGCAUGGAAUCCACCAGCCGUCGCCGGGUACCAGAUCAGCUGACCAGCAGCGUUCGUUGAAGCCGGAGAUCCAGCCCCGUUUGUCCGGCACCAAGCCAGAGAUCCAGCCUCGUCCGUCCAGCACCAGGCCUAAAGAACAACAGCACCAUUUCAUCCCCGGGCAUGGAAUCCACCAGCCGUCGCCCGGUACCAGAUCAGCCGACCAGCAGCGUUCGUCGAAGCCGGAGAUCCAGCCCCGUUCGUCCGGCACCAAGCCAGAGAUCCAGCCUCGUCCGUCCAGCACCAGGCCUAAAGAACAACGGCACCAUUUCAUCCCCGGGCAUGGAAUCCACCAGCCGUCGCCCGGUACCAGAUCAGCCGACCAGCAGCGUUCGUCGAAGCCGGAGAUCCAGCCUCGUCCGUCCAGCUCCAGAUCCAUGGUACAUCAGCCUCCCUCCAGUUCAAAGCCAGCGGCCCAGCAGCCUUCGUCUGGAUCCAGCCCUGACGAGCAUCAGUGCACCCCGACUCCCAUCCCAGCGGAUCAGCACCCACCCCCCAGGCCACCGGUAGACCAUCACGCUCCAUCUCACCCCUCCAACAGCGACCCCUUUAAUCAGUCAGAAGCAGAGCCAGGAGCCAGUAAUGAUGAGGGGAUUGGUCCUGUCAGGAUGGAAGGAAAAGGGAGCCAUCCGCACCAGGGGGCAGCCGCCGACCCUGGCAACCAGGCACCAGUGACACAGCGCCACAUCCCAACCAGUGGGAGAGGGCCAACUGGGACCCCCACCCACCAGAGAGAAGGAGCAGACCCCAGUGACAGAAGGUGCCACAGCCUCCGGCGUAGAUCCACUGUGAUCCCACAUGCAGUGAAUGAUAUUACACCUGUACCGUGCUGCACUCAGUUCUUCACGGGAAACAUCCCACCGGCCAAAAUCGCCUCCAUCGAGUAGACUCACAGCGCUUGUACCAACAAGGCCUUUGUGGUGACGACUGUUAAAGGAGCUCAAAUCUGUGUCCAUGACACAUGGGUUCACAGUGUCUUCAAGCAACCAAGUCCAACCGUAGACACGAGUUCACGCAAACUCACAUUUACUCCUUCAGUCAGUCACAACAUAUUAAACUGAAAGCAAACACACACUUUACCUUCUCAAAUGGUUUAUAUUUAAGACUGUUUAGCAUGACUCAGAUGGAAAAUUCAUUUAUAUGAAUAAAUAUAUGAGUAUUCUUCAUUAAAACAUAGACAAUAUGAUCAAACAGAUACAUUUUUAACAUGAACUCUCAUGUUUUCUGCUUUUCUGCUUAAAACUUUCUGCCUGAAAUUGUGUCAUUAAAAGUUUCAUGGAGCAUUUAUGAACUCUGGAAUGAAAUAAAUCAAGUAAGCAAAUUAAACUGAUCUGUUUGUUUCAGCCCAAAAUGGUAUUAUACA